AAAAAAUUGGUCCAAUACUUUAGCAAGGGCAAAAGGCAUCGCCUGGAAAAUCAGCGUUGGGAGUGCCCAGGUUCAACCAAAAUCGUAAUUCACGAUUCACUCGUUCACGCUCUUCAACGGUAAAAUUUAGUUGCUUUCCGGUUUUUCAUCCCAAAUUCUAGUCUUCAGAGUUCGAGUCUGCGGAAAAAGGAAUUCGAGUUCCUCUAAGUUCUGAGUUUUGAUUUGUGAUGUUACUGAUGUGGAAAGAGGAGGAUUACCAGGACCACUGAACCAGAGGUAGUUGAUAAUGAAAGAAAAGAACACCAUCUCCCCACUUAAACGUAUUUUGGCAAAUUGUGGAGUUCAGGCAAAAGAAUACGGGAGUUGUGUUGCAGAAAAGGUUCCUCAAAUUGAACGUGAUAUGUGUUUGAAAGAGUUUCUCAAAUUGAAGAAUUGCAUGCAGAGUGUGCUCAAGGGAAAGCCAUAAAUUUACAAAACUUGCCAUCACAGAUACAUCAAACCCCAUAUAUAAUACCACUCAAUAUAUUCAUAAAAGUCAAAUAAAUUUACAGAAUUUAAAUGUCUAGAAAUACAUCAAGUUCUGGUGGAUCUGGUGCUCUUUCACAUGCAUACAUCCAUUAUCCACCCUUAAAAUGCAAAAACAAUGGAUCAAUAGGUUUAUUUUAUGAUGAUGGAAAUAAACUAUUAAUCUCUCCCACAUCUAACCAGGUUGUUUCUUGGAAAACUUCCCCUUAUACCCCUCAAGUUGCAUCAACAACUGAUACAAUAAGUGAAGGGCCAGUGCUUUCUAUCCGAUAUUCCUUAGAUUUAAAGCUUAUAGCUGUUCAAAGAUCAAAUAAUGAGGUUCAGUUUUGGGUCAAAGAAACUGGAGAGACUUUUAGUCAAAAGUCAAAGUCCGAGUCCGAUACUAUUUUGGGAUUCUUUUGGACAGAUUGUGCAGUUUGUGACAUUGUAUUUGUCAAAACCAGUGGACUGGAUCUUUAUAGUUAUGUCCCAGAGUUGAAAUCACUUGAAUUGAUUGACUCAAAGAAAGUGAAUGUGAGUUGGUAUAUUUACACACAUGAAAGCAGAUUAGUUCUUCUUGCUUCAGGAAUGCAAUGCAAAAGCUUUAUGGGGUAUCAGCUUUCAUCUGCAGGCAUAAUUCGAUUACCAAGGUUUGAAAUGGCAAUGGCAAAGUCAGAUGUAAACAAUAAGCCUGUUCUUUCUGCUGAAGAUGUUCAUAUUGUCACUGUUUAUGGAAGGAUAUACUGUUUGCAAGUUGAUAGAGUUGCAAUGCUACUCCAUUCCUAUAGAUUUUAUCGUGAUGCUGUUAUCCAACAGGGUUCUCUACCUGUUUAUUCCUCAAAGAUAGCUGUGAGUGUGGUGGACAAUGUUCUUCUGAUUCAUCAAGUGGAUGCAAAAGUCAUUAUAUUAUAUGAUAUCUUUGCUGACUCACGUACACCUGUCUCUGCCCCACUUCCUCUUUUAAUCAGGGGAUUGCCACGUGGCAACAUUUCAUCCUCCCAAUCAGCAAAUGACACGUCAGCAAAUUUGUACUCUGAUGACUGGAAUUUUCUUGUCCCUGAUCUUGUAUGUGAUGUUUCCACUGGAUUCUUGUGGAAGAUUCAUUUGGAUUUGGAGGCAAUUUCCGCAAGUAGCUCAGAAGUGCCAUUGGUUUUGGAGUUUUUGCAGAGAAGGAAAUUGGAAGCAAAGAAGGCUAAAGAUUUAUGUUUGGAGUUACUCCGGUCAAUCAUGAUUGAAAGAAGACCCCUGCCCGUAAUUUUCCGGGCAGUUAACGUACUGGUGACCUCUUUUGCAUAUUCACUGAAAACCGGAAGUUACUCAAAGUCAACACCAGUCAACUCCUCCUCCGGUGUACCGGAAAACAAUUCCGGCAACAAACCGGGAGAAACAUCCGGUGGUGGCUUCUCAACUUCAGACUCUGAAGAUAAUAUUAAUUUAAAAAAAGAAAAUGGAGAAAAUUUAAUGGUUUCAGAAGAUCAACAAGAGUCACAAUCACAAGUAGUUACUUCAGCAACUAUUCCACCUGAUGAGCUUUACACCUUUGUAUUUGCUUCAGUUGAAGAAGAGAUGAGUGCAUUUACAGAUGCUUCUUAUUUGUUUUCCAUUCUUCUCGAGUUUAUCAGGAGUGCCAAUUUGGAGAAAAUAAAAGUGCAUCCGAAUAUAUACGUGUUGGCAGUGAGGUUGCUUGGAAGGAAUGAGAGAUAUGCUGAGCUUGGACAGUUUGUUUUGAAUAAGAUUAUCGAGCCAUCAAAAGAGGUAGCGCUUGAGCUUCUAGAAGGCGUGGGAAGUCAUAAUAACAUCCAAACAAGAAAGUUAGGUGUCGAUAUGUUGAGACAGCUGUCACUUCAUCAUGACUACGUGGUGUUACUUGUACAAGAUGGAUGUUAUCUUGAAGCUUUACGUUACGCACGAAAACACAAGGUUAGUACUGUUCGACCAUCAUUGUUUCUAGAAGCAGCGUAUGCAUCAAACGAGCCACAACACCUGGCGGCAGUUUUAAGGUUCUUUGGUGAGUUCAUACCUGGAUUUGGGACAACUUCAGAACACACCACUUAUAUUCGUGCUCUUGCUGAUAUGCCUUCAUCGAUUACUGUGUGAGAUCUUGUUUUUUGACAAAGGAUUUGGAAUCUGUUAUGUGUUUGGUUUGGUUGGUUGGUAGGAUUUUGGAUGAAUUUCAGAAAACUGUGUAAUAAUAUUUCACCACUAUGAUCCACAGUACACAAAACAAGAGAUUCACAUUUUCAA